CAGCCGACAUAUUGUGUUAUCAUUAUCUUUCAAAAAUUGAGAAAUUCUAACGUUUUCUAUCGGAAUGAUGUCUUUACUCUAAACUCUAGUCUUUUCCAACCUUACACUUCUGUAGUUUCUUUCAAUUUUACUAAUAUUAUUUUUCAUACAUAAACAUUAUGAAGGUAGUCGUUCAACGUGUUUCAAGAGCCAAAAUUUCAGUUGCUGGACAUGAAGUAAAUUCAAUUACUAAAGGAUUAUGUUUGUUGGUCGGUUUGCAGAAAACUGAUGAAAAAACCGAUAUUGAUGCCAUGGUGCAGAAGAUAUUAAAGCUACGUAUUUUUGAUCAAGAUGAAAAAAAAUGGCAUUGCAAUGUCGUGGACAUGAGUUAUGAAAUAUUGUCAAUUAGUCAGUUUACUCUUUGCUAUAAACUUAAAGGAAAUAAAUUAGACUUUCAUAUGGCUAUGCCUGGAAAUCUUGCAAGGCAAAAUUAUCAAUAUUUUUUGGAGACUUUGCAUAAACAUUAUAACCCUGAUAAAGUUAAAGAUGGAUCAUUUGGGGAAAAGAUGGAAGUUGAAUUAGUGAAUGAUGGACCAGUGACUGUUCAAUUGGAAUUUCCUAAUCCUGAAAAAUCUGUGGAUGGAAAGUCAGUCAAAUUAGGUGAUGAGGAUAAACUGUAGAUUAAAAAGCAUUUUUUUUGUUAUUAUUUGAUAACUAGAAAUAUGUGCCUUCAUGCACUAACCUAGUAAUUAAGCACAUUAAAAUAAUUAUUGUUAAUUUGAAAUUUUUAGUAGUUAUCUGUAAUUUGGUACCUACU